GUCACACAUCGUUGCCGGUUGGUUGAUUAAAGAAAUAUUAACAAAUUGUUUUGUAAUCAUCACAAAUACUAAACACGUAAAUAUUUAAAAGAUUUAAAUAAAAACAAAUUCUUAUCAAAAUAUCCAGCCCAGACAACAGGCAUAAACAAUACACAAGUUGAAGAGGAGAAGAAGGAGGAUUAAGUUAAUAUUUAAACAUCUGUUAAAUUUGCAAUAAUUAUUAAAGAAUUGUCCAUAAAAAAGUCGAAAAAAUGUCUUCUUUUCUACAACGUGGCCUAAAAAUUAAAACAGCUGACAUUUGCAACAAAUUACCCACUUUAUCAUCAUCAUCAUUAUUUUCUUUAACAACAAGUGGCAGUUACUUUUUUUCCACCAAAUCAACUUUAAAACUACAACCCGUUCACAAACCAACAACAACAACCAAACAACAAGAGCAUGACCAUGCAAAGACCAAUGUACCUUCUCCGAUAACCCCUAACCUGCUAAAAAAUUCAACAUUAACAGAUAGAUUUGGACGUUAUCAUACAUAUUUGAGAAUUUCAUUAACCGAACGCUGCAAUUUACGCUGUAAAUACUGUAUGCCUGCUGAAGGUGUUCCUUUGCAACAAAAAAACAAUCUUUUAACUACAGAAGAAAUUUACUAUUUAGCACGUUUAUUUGUGGAGCAAGGUGUAAGAAAAAUACGUUUAACUGGUGGAGAGCCCACAGUACGAAAAGAUAUUGUUGAAAUUAUAGGCAAACUUAAGCAAAUACCAAAUUUAGAAAAUGUAGGCAUUACCACAAAUGCCUUAGUGUUAACACGACUAUUGGUGCCCAUGCAAAAAGCCGGUCUAGAUGCCAUCAACAUUAGUUUGGAUACCUUAAAGCCGAAACGUUUCGAAGAGAUAACACGACGUCGUGGUUGGGAACGUGUUAUAGCCGGCAUAGAUUUGGCCAUACAAUUGGGCUAUAAACCCAAAAUAAAUUGUGUUCUCAUGCGCAAUUUCAAUGAGGAUGAAAUUUGUGAUUUUGUUGAGUUUACACGCGAUCGUAAUGUGGAUAUACGUUUUAUAGAAUACAUGCCCUUUAUGGGUAAUAAAUGGCAAACCGAUAAAUUGUUAAGCUAUCAGGAUACUUUAAAAAUUAUACGUGAUAAAUGGCCAGAAUUUGAGGCUUUGGAAAAUGGUCCAAAUGAUACGUCUAAAGCUUAUAAAGUACCAGGUUAUCAGGGUCAAGUAGGUUUUAUUACAUCGAUGACGGAGCAUUUUUGUGGCUCCUGUAAUCGUUUACGUUUGACAGCAGAUGGUAAUUUGAAAGUGUGUCUUUUUGGCAAUAAAGAAAUAUCCCUAAGAGAUGCCAUUAGAAGUCAAUGUUCCGAGGAUGAUUUAGUAGCAUUGAUAUCGGCGGCUGUUAAAAGGAAAAAGAAACAACAUGCAGCUAUUUCUAUUAAUUCUCAUCACCAUCAUUUAAAAAUGGUCAAUAAAAUAACACCAUUAUCAUCAUCCUUAACUAAUACAAUGUUAUUAGCAAACACCUUCAACAGCAACCAACACAGAGUAGUUGACCUACCAACACAUAACUACUGUACUGACCGUAAAAAUCUUACCCAUGUUGAUGCUACCACCGGUAAAGCGUCUAUGGUUGAUGUAUCGGAAAAGCCAGUAACAACACGUAAUGCACAAGCAAUGGCUCAGAUAUAUGUAGGUCCUGCUGUUGCCCAACUCAUACAUUCGAACAAUCUUAAGAAAGGAGAUGUCUUAAGUGUAGCUCAAUUGGCUGGUAUUUUAGGUGCUAAACGAACCUCUGAUCUAAUACCUUUAUGUCAUAAUAUCACCAUAACAUCGGUUAAAGUGAAUGCUAAAUUAGAUUUAGAAAAUCAUAUGGUUAUAUUAGAUGCAACGGUACGCUGUUGCGGCCAAACGGGAGUUGAAAUGGAAGCUUUAACUGCAGUUUCGGUGGCUGCUCUCACCGUUUACGAUAUGUGUAAAGCAAUAACGCACGAUAUGAUUAUAAAGGAAAUAAAAUUAAUGUCUAAGUCUGGUGGUCAAAGAGGUGAUUUUAAGAGAAGUUAAAUUUAAGAAUAUAAAUAUAUAUACAAGCCGAUUAUGAACAAUAUUUCCCUAUUAUUUAUUCCCUUUUACAUGUUUUAUGUAUAGGAGAGGUAACAGAUUAACCGGGAAAUUAUUACUUAUAAUAGGCCUGAUAAUUUAUUAAUAGAAUAUUUGUUUUUUUUUAAUAAAAUGGAAUGAAGUAAAAGAAUAUUGAAACUAA